AUUGAAUUUUCAUUUACUCAACGGCAGUUUCUCAAUUCCCACAUAGAUCCAUCCAACUUACACCACCAAAUCUUCACAUCAAAUCAUCAAUAUACACUUCACAGAGCAGAUUGGUGCGGGUUCAGUAUUUAACGAACUAGCAAUGGCGGAACGACCACAAAUCGCGAUUCUUGGCGCUGGCAUCUUCGUGAAAACACAAUAUAUUCCCAGACUCACUGAGAUCUCCGAUCUCUUCGUUCUCAAAGCUAUUUGGAGCCGCACUGAGGAAUCUGCAAGGAAUGCGGUUGAGGUAGCGCGGAAGCAUUUCCCUGGAGUGGAUUGUAAAUGGGGAGACAGGGGCCUUGAAGAGAUCAUCCAAGAUCCUGCUAUUCUCGGCGUUGCUGUAGUUCUUGCUGCACAAACUCAGGUCGAUUUCUCGCUGAAGCUGCUGAAGGCUGGAAAGCAUGUCAUUCAAGAGAAACCAGCUGCAGUUUCUACAAUUGAGGCAGAGACCGCGUUAUCUCGCUACAAGUCUUUUUGUGCCAAUUCCCCUGGUCAUCCGAUUUGGGCUGUUGCAGAGAAUUAUAGAUUUGAACCUGCUUUUGCAGAGUGUAAGAAGCUGAUGCCUAGCAUUGGUGAUAUGAUGAAUGUCCAAGUUAUUGUCGAAGGAUCUAUGAAUAGUGCAAAUCCUUACUUCUCAAGCUCUUGGCGGCGUGAUUUCACCGGGGGUUUCAUUCUGGAUAUGGGGGUUCAUUUCAUUGCAGGGUUGAGAAUGCUUGUUGGAUGUGAAGUGGUCUCAGUAUCUGCUUUGACCUCGCAUGUUGAUGUUACUUUACCUCCACCUGAUAACAUAUCUGCUAACUUUCAAUUAGAUAAUGGAUGUUCUGGAGUUUUCACAAUGGUUGUAUCCUCAAGAUCACCCAAGAUAUACUGGCGAGUUGUUGGCUUAAAGGGGACAUUGCAAAUUGAGCGUGGAAACCAAGAUGGGCAACAUGGUUACCUGGUAUCAUUUUAUGGUGCUGAUGGUAACUGCAAAAGCUUCUUUUAUGGAUUCAGUGGGGUGACGGAAGAACUGAAAACUUUUGUACAUGAUAUUUCAGGGGUUGCCCUUAAGAAGGGGAGUGGCUAUGAAACAGAGCCUCGCAGCUCUUUUGUGGAAGCUGCCAGAGAUGUUGCUGUCUUGGAGGCGAUGCUUAUAUCUGGAACGAAGAAUGGUGCCCUAGUACAGGUGAAACAAUUUUAGGUGGAUGACCAAAUCUAUCAUACUACUAGAUUUUAGCAUCUAGGUAUUGUUCUUCGUAUUUUAUGAUAUCCAAUUAUUUUAUUUUCAGUAAUUAACUUUGAAUUUUACCGUUGACAGAGUAAGAAACUGUUAUCUUACCAAAAUAACUAAACUAUGCCCAAUAAAAUCCAUGUUUAUCC